AUGGCUUCGCAUUAUGGGGAAACCUUGGUUAUUUUCAUCACUGUUCUCCUUACAUUGUUUGCAUUAUUCUACAAAGGGUGGAUUUGUGAUUACAUCUUCUCAGAGGACUGUCUUAAUUAUGCACCUUAUAGUGCUACACUGCUUGGGGCUUAUGUUAUUGGAGUCGUGCUGGUGAGUGUUGCUGGAGUCUUACAGGUUGUUCCAAAAACUAGGGCAAACGCAAGAUGGCUCUUGAUUUCAAGAAUAUGCUGUUGGAUUGCGGCUGUGUUAUACGUGACAGGAAUUUUCUACUACUACAACACCUCAUUUUCUGUGACCAACGGUGAGAAUAUUGCAGGUCUCACAGCAGGAAUGCUUGUGUCUAUUGUACUCAUUCAGAUAAUUAAUAUGAUUGUUGCGAGGUUUGAACCUUCAAAUACUACUUAA